AGAAAAAAAAAAAAAUACCUGGACAUUCUGCAUUUCAAAUUCUUUGACUUGCUUCAAGACGAUCGAGUAUAAAGAAAUCUCUUGUUCUCUUGGUAUUCCGACCCUCUCUGAUGUCUAAGCCUUCAUCUUGCUAAGUUUACUCAGGAUCUUUUUCUCUGCUUUUCUCUCUCUUUAGUCGUCUUAUCUUAAUGCUUCCCCAGUCUCCUCUUUUGUCAACUCCCCCGAGCGUGUGGGGGUGACGUAUUGCAAAAGCUCAAAAAAUGCCAAAGGAUCCUUCCCAGAAGCUGAGCAUUGGGAACUGGGAUGAGAAGACAUUGUCAAAAAAAGUUCGAAAGGCUCCUUACCAGAACUUUGCUUCCAAAAUCCGUAGCUUGUGCCUAGCCUCUUUUCGCCAAGAACUAGAUCUUGCUGUUGUUAUUCCCAAUUUUCUGGUCCAUGUCAAGUUCUUUAGUAGUAUAUAGGGAGCCCGCCACUUUCCAACACUUUUGGGUAAUAAAUUAGCCAUAUUGCUCAUCUUUACAUUAUUGAUUUGAAUUGGAUUAGCCCCAAUCAUUUAGGGUUUUCAAUUUUGGGAGUGUUUCUAUAGUUUCUUCCUUGAUUUUGCUCAUAAUCAAGUACCAGCAGAAUCUGAUCUCUUUAUGUUGGAAAAUUUUUGACAACAUGACCUUGCUGCAGUAUUUUGCCCAUAACUCCUUCUGUAGUUAUCGGAUUAAGUCAAUUUUUUAUUUAAUAAAAAGCUAAGAGAUAACCCUACAACUUUUAUGUUGGAUGUUUAACUCAGUUAAGUUGUUUUCAUGGUGAAAAAUCUGCUGCAACUCCAAUUCUUGCAGGCAGACUUAACUUGCAGUCCGACCUUGUGUUAGUAUUUUAGCCAUAGCUCUCUCUGUAGAUGUGGGAUUAAGGUAAUUCUUGGUGCUAUAGAACGCUAAGACAUAGGGUUACAAUUUAUCUGUUGACCACUCAACCCAGAUCAGUCAAUUUCUAGGUAGUGAGAGCCGAGACGUGGGAAACCAAGGGGGAGUGACGAGAUAAAAGGCUAGCCGUUUGUGUUUUGGAAAUAGAUUUUGAGAUAUAGAUCAUUUUUUUGUAAGUUAGAUUUUAUUUCAAGAUAUUUAUCUAAGUUUAUGUGGAUUGUUAGUUAUAAAAUUAGCAAGUUCCAAGCCUUGUGCAUUUGUGGGAUCCUCUCACACGUGUACAACAUCUAUUUCGCUCUUGGUUUUGGGGCGUGACAAUAAGAAUCCAUCAUUUGUUGAUGUGAUCCAUGCAAAAAAAAUGUAUCAUCCAAAGGACAAAGAUAAAAUGCUAACAUAUAU